CAAAGAUUUUUAUUUAUUUUUACUAUUUUUUACAUUGUAGAAUAAUAGUGAAGACAUCAAAACUAUGAAAUAACACAUUUGGAAUCAUGUAGUAACCAAAAAAGUGUUAAACAAAUAAAAAAUGAUUUUAGAUUCUUCAAAGUAGCCAACUUUUGCCUUGAUGAUAGCUUUGCACACUCUUGGCAUUCUCUCAAACAGCUUCAUGAGGUAGUCACCUGGAAUGCAUUUAUAUUAACAGGUGUGCCUUGUUAAAAGUUCAUUUGUGGAAUUUCUUUCCUUCUUAAUGAAUGUGUUUGAGACAAUCAGAUGUGUUGUGACAAGGUAGGGGUGGGAUACAGAAGAAAGCCCUAUUUGGUAAAAUACCAAGUCCAUAUUCUGUGUAUACCUUGUUAAAUGCAGUCUCUAUGCAGGUUUAAACGCAACAGACACCCAAUGAUCUUCACAAUCGUUUGAGUUCUUGGUCCCUUUCAUCAACACAAACUGUCAGUAUUGGAGGUAGUAACUAGAUAGAGUUUUUACCAGCAAUCAUUUACAGAUUGAUGAGAUUGAAUGCAAAUACUGACCCAGGGAAACACCUCAUUCAGUGACUGGAUCAACACAGACUCUAAUGUUUAAAUCCAUUAAACAGCACUUUAUAAAGCUUUGAAAAGGUAUAGCCACUUCUGAUUAUGAUCAUGUGUGUUGUGUUAAAGAAAGAAAGUAUGCAUUUUCCUUUCUAGCCAUUAAAUCUAGUUAAGGAGGAAAUCGACGCCUUUGCAGCCUAAAUGGAGAAUGUAUAGCCAGCUGCAUAUUCCCUUUGGACAGUCAAAUGAAAUGACUCAAUAUCACCAUCUGCCGGAUUUUGGACUAACGAUGGUGGGGGUUGGGGUAUCUGACAUAGGGGACUGGAUCAGUUCUUGAUUUGGACUGAAUUAGGUGCUGGUACUCAUUUUGGGUUCUGGUAGGCCUACUGUUUAUAUUUAGGAGCAGGAGCUCCACAAUACUUUUGAGCUCAUAUUCUAUAAAAGGAAUAGGAGGUCAAGCAGUAGAACAUUUGAGGUGCCGGUACUCUGCUCCAGUGAGCUCCUGCCCAUGUCAAGCUACACUGGAUGUGCUCAUUCUGCCCAAACCUGCAGUAGAUAAAACAAACUCAGAAAUGAAAUUUAAAGCUUCAUAUUCAGGACAUCAUGAUGAAAUACUGGACCUUGUGAAUAAGGAAAGAAUGACGUAAACAAUGCGGUGUUCUUUACAGCUCCGGCCGGUAGAAGGGCUCAGCAGCAUUCACUACAAAGGGCGAAACGAGGGUCAGAACAGAACAUGAUGCGGACGUGACGUAGGCGUCAUUCACUGGGGACCUUUAUUCCGCUGCCGCAGCAGCCCGGCCGGUAACGAGAGGAGGGGUACACGGUCAGUCAGGAUUGGAUUGCGCAGGCUACAAUAUAACCGGAUAUAUUUAUAAAUAGGGGCCUAUAUUAAUCGAUUUUAAAAUAAGAACAUAAUAUUAAUUGUAGAAAACGCCGACUGAACAGAGACAAACCCCUCCUCUCUCGUUAGGCUACUUCUUUGUCGACGCAUCUAUUCUGCACUGGGUUCUCUUGUUCUAGUCGGAGAAUUGAAAAACUUCGUUCAAAUACAUAUUUUUAUAUAAAUAAAUGGAUGAUUACGAGUUCGGUUUAUUACAGACAGCGACCAUUGGACACAACUCUACCCUUCUCGACGGACGCGCUUUCUGAUCCUAAUGCUCCUCCUCUUCUGCGGUUUCCAUCGGCCAGUUGUGCCCCGGCUCACCCUUGGUUUCGCGCAGUAGCCUCGCUGCCUUGUCCCCACUGUUCCUGUCAGCUGCUGCGCAUCAGCAAAACAUGCAGAAUGAGUCUGUGGGGGUGACAACCGAACAACGACCCUAGUCAACAGAGGAAAACUACAGCAGCAACAACAACACAAUCAAUAAAACCGGGAUACAGCAACCAAACCAACAACCAGCUAGGAGCCCUCACUUCCUCCACAACCACCUGAACCAGAAUCCAUAAUUUCCAUAUUUUGGUCAUUUUUGCCCGACGCAGUCUAUCUGUGACCUUCAGCACGACCGGAAAAUACAUCAGCAGUUAAGUCAGAGAGCUGAGUUUGGCUGCACUGAGUCGCCCCCACCCCAAGGAAAAUUCAGUCACCUGCCGCAGAGGCAGCCUUUCACCGCUCAAGUCUCCAUCGAACCCGAGCGCAGCGCAUACUCCAGACCGGGACAAAUCAGCCGCUAGCCAGUGGAGGAGGUUGAAGCCGAUGUGGAGACUGCCGCGUUGCCAUCGCCCACUUCCGUAAAUCCAAACAAGGUUAGGAUCCAAAUGGACUCCCCCAUCACCCACCAUAUAAAUAACAGCAAUGGCAGUAGCACCGGCAAUAUGUUGUCCGGAGGACUCGGGAGCGGUUUUCCGAACCUCCAGAACCAAGAGAUGCAGAACCCGAGUGGCGCCUCAGCUUCACCUCCCCUCCCUGGAUUCGGAACCCCGUGGUCCGUUCAGACCAGCUCUCCACCACCACCCGUUUCUAACUCGGCCAACCCUAUCCACCACUCAAACGCGAUUAAUCAGUUGCCUCAUACCGACCCAGACAACAGCUUCUAUCCCGGUAUCCCCUCGUCUAUCAACCCUGCCUUCUUCCAGAGUUUUUCUCCGGUGUCGACUAAUCCAUGCCCAGGGAUUAACGUGCAGGGCUUCAGCAGCCAGUUCUCACCCCAGAUCAACGCCCACCAGCAGCCGCAGCAGCAGAGCCGCAGGUCCCCCGUCAGCCCACAGAUGCACCCCCAGCACCAUCAUCAGCACCAGCAGGGCGCCUUCCUGCAGCAGAGGAACAACUACAACCACCACCACCAGUCCAUGGUGAAGCAGUCUCCCUGGACUGGCAGUCACCAGGGGAGUGGCUGGGGCUCUGGGAAUAUGUCCUGGGGUCGGGACCACCGUCGUGGUGGAGGCAUGGGCAUCCCGGGCUCUGUCAGCCAGGUUUCCCCCAUGAAGAAGCCCUUCCCCAGUAACGUCAUUGCACCUCCCAAGUUCCCCCGCUCCGCCGGCUCCAUGGGCCCCAAGUCCUGGAUGGAGGAGAACAUGUUCCGAACAGACAGUAACAGUAACACGCUUAUGCCUCUCCAGGAACGCUCUAGAAUGUACGACAGCCUGAACAUGCACUCCCUGGAAAGCUCUCUGAUUGACAUCAUGCGGGCGGAGCAAGAUCCAAUGAAGGGUCGUGUGGGAUGCCCUCAUCCCGGGGCUGAUGGCCUGCUCAUGCUCAAUGCAAGGAGCUAUGGGAGACGUCGAGGCCGCUCCUCCCUGUUCCCCAUUGAAGACAGCCUCCUUGAUGAUGGGCACGGUAACCAGGGCAUCCCAGGGCUUGGCCCUAACUGUUACCCCCACCAGAACGGGGAGCGCAUCGAGCGUUUCUCACGCAAAGUGUUUGUGGGCGGCCUGCCCCCUGACAUAGAUGAAGAUGAGAUCACCAACAGUUUCCGUCGCUUUGGCCACCUGGUGGUGGACUGGCCACACAAGGCUGAGAGCAAAUCCUACUUCCCCCCCAAAGGUUACGCCUUCCUGCUGUUCCAGGAGGAGAGCUCAGUGCAGGCUCUGAUCGAGGCCUGCAUGGAGGAGGACGGCAAGCUCUACCUGUGUGUCUCCAGCCCCACCAUCAAAGACAAGCCUGUCCAGAUUCGUCCGUGGAACCUGAGUGACAGUGACUUUGUGAUGGACGGCUCUCAGCCCCUGGAUCCUCGCAAGACCAUCUUCGUAGGAGGGGUCCCCCGCCCUCUCAGAGCAGUGGAGUUGGCCAUGAUUAUGGACCGUCUCUAUGGGGGGGUCUGCUAUGCUGGCAUCGACACCGAUCCAGAACUCAAGUACCCCAAAGGUGCGGGGCGCGUCGCAUUCUCCAAUCAGCAGAGUUACAUCGCUGCCAUCAGCGCCAGAUUUGUCCAGCUGCAACAUGGAGACAUUGACAAGCGGGUGGAGGUAAAGCCCUAUGUUCUGGACGACCAGCUGUGUGAUGAGUGUCAGGGUGCGCGUUGCGGUGGGAAGUUUGCCCCUUUCUUCUGCGCCAACGUGACCUGCCUGCAGUACUACUGUGAGUUCUGCUGGGCUAACAUCCACUCCCGCGCCGGCCGAGAAUUCCACAAGCCGCUGGUCAAAGAGGGGGCUGACCGCCCACGCCAAAUCCACUUCCGCUGGAACUGAAGAGGAACGCGACCACACAUGGCGACACAGUCAGAAGGAAUGGUCAAGGAAGAGAGACAUCACCAGGCAGGAAAAAGUGCAUCGCUCUGCCUCUUACCCUAAGCUAUCAGUAUAGAGUACAUAACAGUAUACAGUAUAUAUAUCUUUUGUAGCAGCCAAACACUACAAGCCUCAGUUUUUCACCAAAACCCCCCUCACAUCUCAGGCUCUGACAACUUUUUUGUGGUACUUUAAUGUUUUUUAAGAGGAGAUUUAAAAAGAGAUUGAUUUUUUGUAGGUUUUUCAAAUUAUUUUUAUAUGUGAGAUUUAACGUAGAUAUGAGAAUGUUUUUGCAUGGGAGCAGCCCAUCUGUCUGUCUGUCUGUCUGUCUGCUGCUAGCCACCCCCUAGUGGGUGUAGCGUGCCCUUGUUUCUGGGAAAACCUUGAUUCUAUAAUCUGAACGCCUGCCCCAGAUCAUUUACCAAAGGUAACAAAACGAUAGUAAGCAUAAAAGUGAUACAUUUCUGCCACAAAACAAACUCUUAUUUUUUAUUGUUGAUAAUAAUUUGUUCUUCUUCCCCAUCAGGGAAGCCAUUUACAAAAAUUUGGAGGUUAUUUUUGCUCUCAUUUUGACCUGAAAAAAUAUUACCUCAAAAUAUGAAUCUGGUUUUUUAUUAAUUCUAUUUAACCUUUUUAAUCACAAGCUAUAUUAGAAGCUUUGCUGCUAUAUAUAACAUAUGAAUAGAUGUAUAGGUGGUAUAUAUUAAUGCCAGCUAUAAACCGGAAUCUUGAAAAAUGAAAUGCAGUCCGCACUCACACAUUCAUGGCCACCUUUGCCAUGGAAGAAUAGAAUGUGACAAUUGAAGUGCAUGUUUGUGUCUAUACACCCUUUGCAUGCAAGAUAGACUUAACCAAUACAUGUACGAUAAAAAACUAACUACAGAAACUAUAUAACAGAAAACACUCAAAUCCUACUUUGAAUAGCAACAACAACAAAAACGUCAGAAGCCUAGGUGUAAGAUAAUAUAUAUAUAAAAAUGAAGAUAAAGGAAAAUACAUGAAAACGACUUAACAUUUAAAAAUCUUGCAUGCAUUGAUGUUGAUCUGUUGUUUGAACCAUUUACAUACUUAUUAUACAAGAAAAGCGAUAUUGGUUCUAAACUAGUUGAUGCCACCAUUUUGUGAUGUGGUGGUUUGUAUGGAGUAAUGAACCCUGUUGAGAAGCUGAGUGGUGUUCAGUCAGUGGUUAGUGUCUGUGUCGUGUCUGUGCUGUCUGUGUGGAUCUUGUUGGUGUGUGGAAUGAGGUUUUAGUUUAGUAACAAUGUAGGUAAACUAGAGGAGAAUGAGAACAUCACAACAUUUUGCCUUCACCCUUCCUAUCCUCCUCACCUUUGUAUAGUUCCAGAGGUUACUCUAAUGUAGCAUAACCCUUUGCAGACCGAAAGCAUACACAGAAGCCAGGCUGGAUCUGAUUUCUACAGGCAUAAGACUGGGAGAUGUGUGUUUAUGCCAUGUGUUAGGCUAGUUGGCCAAUUUAAACCACUGUUCAAAUGUUGAACAAGAGAAGGAUCCGUAAGAAGAAGGAUCCGUAAGAAGAAGGAUCCGUAAGAAGAAGGAUCCGUAAGAAGAAGGAUCCGUAAGAAGAAGGAUCCGUAAGAAGAAGGAUCCGUAAGAAAGCGUUUGUCCAACAUCUGUUCCUGAGUUGUGUUAUCAGGCUACUCAGUUUGAUACACUGUUCUCCAAAACAACCAGGCUCCCAUACAUAUUGUAGUUACAAGUUAUUAGACUCCAGACCUGUAAAAAGUGAUCCAGUUUUAUGUCCUGCUAAUGCAAGAUGACAAAGACACACUCCUUCAUAUAUUUUCAGUGAUGGGGAAAUAAUUAUAAUUUAAAAAAUUGGCCUGCAGAAUAUGAAUAACUGUGUUCUUUGUUUAUCUAACUGUGACCCUGUCUCUCUGUGAGCAAUGACCUGCUGGUGCACUAGCCAGCUGUUUGGUACUGUACAUGUCUGUAUCUCUACAGUAUAAUAUCCCUGUUAUCCUUGUGUCAUUGUGUUUCCUGGUGUGGAGUCAGUCCUUGGUAUGCGGUUUAGACGUGGUUCAGGGGUCAAGUGUGUACUGUCACUACUACUACUUCAUGGAUAUAAGAUUGUUUAUGUUAAUUUAUUCACCUAUUAGAUAGUUUAUUUGUUCAUGUCUUUAACUUGUGAGUUGGGACCCCCUCUCUGUCCCCUGCCUCUCUAAUCACUUUUGAUAAUAUAUUAUGCACUACCUUUUCUAUAUUUUCCCUCUGAUUAUUUGAUUCUUGACUUGUUUUCACCCUACCAGUUAGUCAGCUGAUUCAAUGCAGACAUGGUUUGGGCAACAACCUAUUUUGCUCAAUUUAAUCACUCUUAAAAGAUUCAGUUCUACCGAACUUCUACCGAUUUAUAAUUCUACCAGAGGAUUUUAUUUUUUCAUAAUGAUUUAUUUAAGAAAUUGUGUGAGGAGGCAUUGGUCUUAGGUUUUUCUAUGUGAAUGAAGCAGUAUUCUAAUAUGUUCUAAUGUAUUCGUAGGGGGUCCUGUUGUCUGUCAGUCUCUCCGUCAACUGAAAGAAGGAAGAAGUGCCACAGGGUACUGUGCUAUGAUGAUUGGCUGUAGAGAAAAUGGUGGCCAAAAAACGAUGAGCAACCAUUCAAAGCAAAUGAAGGGUCGUUAUUAAGCCCCCACCCUGUUUGUUCUUUGUCCCGGUGGCCUCGGCUCUCGUGGUGUGGUUGGUGUUGUGCUCAGAACAGAACAGAGCUCUCUUGUACUUUGUCACCAUUGACAUGUAACACGACUCCUUGUGCUGUUUGAGUAAUGGGUCCUAUUUUACAAGUUGAACACUGUUACUUUGUAUGUGUGUGUCUUUUUUUUUGUACGAAUCAUAUUUAUUUCACAAUUUUGUAGACAAAUAACUAUUUGAUUUUGAUUGUAUUUUUCUAUUUCAAUAGGUUAUUAUUAUUAUUAGUAGUAGUAUUACACACAUUUUAGUGCCCCUAAUAUUCUAAUUAUGUCUGGCUCUGUUGAAAGACAAAAAUAAACAAAAGAUUUGAACAAAUAAUUAUGUAAUUGAUGUAUCAAUAUAUGACUGUUUUAAUAUAUCAAUAUGGUUAAUAUACAAGUACACAUUUACACCUUUUAUUUGAAGGAAGGAAACAUUGAGGGUUCUAUUAUAUUCAUGGAAGACACUUGAGAUUCUCCCCCUGUUGCAUCGAGGCCUGCGGUGCCUCUCCUCAUAGAUGCUCUGAAACUUGAAUAUAACACAUUUUGAAAGGCUGAUUAACCUCGAAUAUGUGUUGUGACGUGCAAUACUGUUUCUAAUGUUUGUAUAAAAAGUAAAAAUUACAGUGUAAACCUUUUUAAUGCAGAUUUAUUUUUUUCAUUGCAUAUUUUGCAGAUUUCUGAUCCACAGUGUCAUUUUUUACUGUCAGAAAAGAAACCCCUUUUUUUCAUUGCAACUAUUUUUCAAUCCAGAUAUCUUUGUACUGAUGUAAAUGAUUGUAGUUAUUUUGGAUAGUGUUUUGCUACCAAAAGGAGAGAAGUUUUCAUGCAUAUUUCUAUUUAAUUUUAUUCCCUUUUUUAUUUUAUUUAAUAGAAGCAGAAUACUUGGAAUAAUUUUUCAUAUUAUAUGUCAUUGAUAUUAUUUUGUAUUUUUAUGUGGAAAUAUAUAUAAUUUUAAGAUGCCAAUUGCUAAGAUAUUAUUUUAAUUAGAAUUAUUUUUAAGCUAAAUCUUUGUAAUAUUGUUAAAGUAACUCAUUUCUAAAUCGGAGUUUGUGUAUGAAUUCACAAAAGUGGUUUAUGAGGUGUUCGGAUUGUAAUUAUUACUCAAUGGUUCUUUGAUAUGCAAAAUUAAUAUCAUGUCGAUUUUUAAUUUUUGUUUUGUAUUUAAAUGGGGUGUUGAUUACAAUCUGUUUUCUUUCAUUUCCUGAAUAAAUAAAGACCCAUUCUGUUCAGACACAA